AAAUGUCAUCACGCGGCAGCGCAGCGGAAGGCUGUGAAUGUAACACAGAGUUCCCCAGCAGACAGCUGUGCGCGGCCCAUGUGGAUCUGGCAGACCCGGGCGAAACAGCGGCUUAGAAAUACCCGAAUCGAGCCGAUCUUUCACGCUAAUGCGAGCUCUUUAGGUCGUCCGUGUGUGUGAACUAGUGAAGAUGCUGAAGGAGGCGUCAGACGGGCAGCUUACAGCGCUUUAUAACGCGGUCGCCGCCUCAGAGCAGGUUCAGGUUGAGCCAGUGGGUCGCUGGUUCGAGGCGUUUCUGAAGCGCAGGAGUCGAAAUGUGUCGGCCUCGUUUCAAGAGCUGGAGGAAGAGGAGGAGCUGUCUGAGGAAGAGGAGGAUGAGGAGCUGCAGCUGGAGGAGUAUGACACGCUUUUCUUGAUGUUACAGAACCAAGAUCACUACGCUGUUUUAGGUCUCGCACACGUCAGGUACAAAGCAACCCAGAAACAGAUCAAAGCUGCUCAUAAAGCCAUGGUCCUCAAACAUCACCCGGACAAGCGGAAAGCAGCAGGAGAGCAGAUUGUGGAGGGCGAUAAUGAUUAUUUCACUUGCAUAACAAAAGCGAUGGAGAUGCUGUCGGAUCCCGUGAAGCGGAGAGCGUUUGACAGCGUGGAUCCCACGUUUGACAACAUGGUUCCUUCAAAAGCAGAAGGCAAAGAAAACUUCUUCGUGGUGUUUGCGCCGGUGUUUGAGAGGAACAGCAGGUGGUCUGUUAAAAAACACAUCUCGAGUCUGGGAAGCAUGGACGCGUCUUUUGAAGAGGUGGAUAAUUUCUAUUCCUUUUGGUACAACUUUGACUCGUGGAGAGAAUUUUCAUAUUUAGAUGAGGAGGAAAAGGAAAAAGCUGAAUGUCGAGAUGAGAGAAGGUGGAUUGAGAAACAGAACCGAGCCUCUCGAGCUCAGAGGAAGAAGGAGGAGAUGAACAGGAUACGGACACUCGUUGACACGGCCUACAACUGCGACCCGCGAAUAAAGAAAUUCAAAGAGGAGGAGAAAGCCAGGAAAGAGUCGGAGAAGAAGGCCAAAGCUGAGGCGAAGAAACGGGAGCAGGAGGAGAAGGAGCGGGCGCGUCAGGCGGAGGAGGAGGCGGCGCGGAUGCGGAGGGAGAAGGAGGAGGAGGCGGCGCGACAGGCGGCACAGCAGGCCAAGAAAGAGAAAGAAGCCCAGAAGAAAGCCAUCAAGAAAGAGCGGCAGAAGCUCAGGACGACCUGCAAGACUCACAGCUACUUCACAGACAGUGAGGCCGACGGCGUCAGGAUGAUGGAGGAGGUGGAGAAACUCUGCGACCGCUUGGAGCUGACCAGUUUGCAGACGCUGAAUGAAGCUUUGGCCUCUGGGAGUAAAGAACGGAGUAAAGCGGCUCUGGAGAAUCAGGUGCAGGAGGUGAAUGAUCAGAUGCAGAAGGAGAAGGAGGUGGAGAUGCAGGCGCAGCAGGCGGCGCGUGGGGCUGAACACACCAGCGCAGGAGGAGGAGGAGGAGCCAAUAACAGAGGCUGGAAUGAGGAAGACCUGCAGCUGCUCAUCAAAGCCGUCAACCUGUUUCCCGCCGGAACCAACGCCAGGUGGGAGGUGAUUGCCAACUACAUGAACCAACACUCCAGCAGCGGCGUGAAGAGAACCGCCAAAGACGUCAUCAAUAAAGCAAAAACACUGCAGAAACUGGAUCCUCACCAGAAAGAUGAGAUUAACCGAAAGGCCUUUGAGAAGUUCAAGAAGGAGCAUUCAGUUGUUCCUCAGACUGUAGACAAUGCUGUGCCAUCAGAGAGGUUUGAUGCUGUAGGCGCUGAAUCCAACUCCUCCCCCUGGACCACAGAGGAGCAGAAGCUUCUGGAGCAGGCGCUGAAGACGUACCCAGUGAACACGGCAGAGCGCUGGGAGAAGAUCUCUGACGCCGUGCCCGGACGCUCCAAGAAAGACUGCAUGAAGCGAUACAAGGAGCUGGUGGAGAUGAUAAAGGCUAAGAAAGCCGCCCAGGAGCAGGUCACUGCUAAAAACAAGAAAUGACGAAAGUGCUGCAGGGAAAG